GACACCCACUUCAUCAAACAAUCAACACCAUAUUUUUUACAUCAUGUCCCAACCAAUCGUUUUAUACGAUAUUCCGACCCAAGCGCCAGGAAAAGCACUAUCUGGAAACGUAUUGAAAGCAAGGUACACGCUUGCCUACAAAGGCUUGGCCUUCAAAUCCAUCUGGGUUGAAGCACAGGAUAUCGAAGAGCGGAUGAAGGCCAUCGGAGCCAAACCCACCGGGCACAAACCUGACGGAAGCGGUUUCUACACUGUCCCUACUAUCCAGGACCCUUCCACGGGUGCCGUUGUCUCCGACUCUUUCGCCAUCGCAGAAUAUCUCGAGGAGACAUAUCCAUCCAAACCCACCGUCUUCCCCUCCAAUGCCAAAGCCCUCAUCAGCGUCUUUGAAUCUGCUUUCAUAAACGCCACAGGCCCUAUAUUCCCGACACUGGUCAUCUUAGUCGGCUCCAAGUUUUAUCCCAAAAACGAGGAGUAUUUUAGGAAGCAGGCUGAAGAGAGGUUUGGCACCAAGUGGGAGGAUAUUUCACCCGUAGGCCGAAAACGAGAGGAGGGCUGGAAAAAUACUAAGGCUGCUCUUGGGGUCAUUGAUGGGUGGUAUUCAAAGAGCGGUGGUAAAUGGAUUAUGGGAGAUACGUUCUCAUAUGCCGAUAUCAUUGUAGGUGCAUGGAUGAGAAGCUUCAGUGUUGUCUUUGAUAAGGAUCAGUGGGAGGAGCUGAAGUCUUGGCAUGGCGGACGCUGGAGUGGCAUAGUUGAAGAGAUUAACAAGUACGCCAUUCUGGACUAACAGACCUGUGAAGAACAGCCAUGUCUACAUUACCUUACAUCUGCACAAUGUACCAUAGUGUUUACACGCUCAAA